CAUUUCAAAGAAUAUUCGUACAUUUGAUGGGAAACAGUAAGUGUAAGCAAAGUCAUUCGUCAGUGUUUGAGAACGAAGAGGAAGAGGAAACUUGGUUUGAAUGGAUGGAGUCAACGAACGAGCGAAAUCAAACGUCUGUAGCACCGAGAACACAUCCGUUGCCCGUUCAACCGUUGGCUUUUCAAGCGGAUUUGCUUGAAAGAUCGAAGAGCGUGAGAUCAAAACCAGCUUUGUACUUUUUCAGCGAUGGUAAUGUCUUAAGGGGACUUCACAAAGCAGGCUCUGAAAAUGACAGAAUUUCUGAAGAAUCUGCUCUUCGUAUUGAGAACAAUAACUCUCUAAGAAAAAAUGAGGAAGCAGUUAUGGUCGAAGAUGAAGCAGUUUAUUCACCGGUAAGUUUUGCUUUCUUAAAAAAAAAUAUUUAUAUAUUUUCUUCUAUCGAACAUAAUAGAGACAAAUAAUGAGCAAGCAUUUACUUGUUUUGGCGCGCACUGAUCUUAGUUGUACCUAUUUUGUACCCAAUGAUAAAAAAUAAGAUCUUAUUGACGACUCAAUAUUUUUUCAGACAUUUUUAAGAUAUUUGGAAAUUUUUACACUACUUCAAAGAGAUAUAAUUAUUGAAUUAAAUGAAAUAACUUAAUAUAUAAUCGAGGAUGGACGGGGAUUUCAAAUGGGCAGCCAUUUCAAUAAUAUAUAAACGAUUUAUUAUUUGCAUCUCUCCCUAAGAAUCUAGAAAAAGGUACGUCCUCAGUAUCCUCGUAUUUUUUUAUUGAGAAUUUUCUAAAUUACACAGCUUUUAUUAGAGGCCAUUUGCCUGCACAGUGCAUGUAUCUACCAUGUUUAUAUUGUCGUUUAGCCCUGAAACUAAAAUAGGCAGAGAUGACAUCUUAAGCAAACGUUUUUGCCAUAAACAAGUCUUGGGUAAAAUAUAUAGUGUUGUUUAGCCCUUUUUUAACACAAACAGUUUUAAACGCAAAUGAUGUACAUGUACAAAGCGCUGUUCUUUCCGUGUCAAAAAGAUUGCGUUUUAGGAAGUCGUUCAUACAUGCAGUCUCGAAAUAAAUUCAUUUACGACCUUUUCCUGUUUUGUAGGGCCCUUGAAACAAUAAGGGCGGAUUAGAGAUUUGCAUAUAUAUACGCUCUUUACUUUACCUGAUCAGAAACAAAAGGCUGAAAAGGGCUCGAAAGCAAUUAACACGAUCGAAACUGCUUUAGUUUAUUUUCUAGGUUCACGAAACCUCGGCAGAUCUGACCCUAAGAUAACGAUAUGUGGCUAAGAGAAAAUUAUUUUUUAAAAAUUAAUUCAAAAAUGCUUCUUAUAUUCCAGACUAACGUGUAAUUUCAAGUAUUUUAGUUGCCAUUUGACAAGUAGACAUAAUUAAAGACAACUGGAGAUAAAAAUGAAUAAUAUAAUUAUAUUGGUUACCAUGUUUUGCUCCAAACUAUUAUAUAUAACGAACAUGUGAUUAGUUUUUUUUACUGACCAUCUGGACUUAUUAGUUAACAUUUCGAGGAUUUAUCUGUUAACGAUGUUGCCUUUGAAAACUAAAACGAACAGACUCAUUCCGAACCAAGAGUCGCACAAUGAUUCUUUUAGGUGUAUCAGUCUUGCAUGCAAUGGCACAAAAUAAGAACAUGAAAGUGACCACCACCUUCAACUGACUGCCCAUGAUUUUAGAAUCAUUCAUGUAACAGUCAUGUUACUAAGGGAUUAUUCUAAAAUUCCCAGAAAUUUUGAACUAAACACGGAUGGAACGUGUUGAUCCAGGGCAAAAAAAAAAAAAGACUUUGUUCACCUGCAGAGGAUCGAGCGAUCUUUCCAGUCCGAACAAACUUCACUUAGAACUAUUCAAAUCUAUUUCGGUAAAAAUUUAUUAGUACAUGAAACGUUAAUGGACUGUCCUGUUAGAAAUUUUCUUUAAAUGGAACAAUAUCUUUCAAGUAAUAUAUCAAACAUGAGAUGCAGUGUUUCAUCACCAGAUGAAACACCGAGAAGAGAGUUGAAAAUACGACGCGCAGCGGAGUAUUUUUGACGAACUUCGAGGUGUUUCAUCUGGUGAUGAAACACUGUGUCGAAUGUUUGAUAUUUCUUCUCAAACAAAAUCAUUUUUGAAGGAGAAAUUAAGGAUGCAAAUACUAAGCAGUGUUUCAUCCGAUUUCCAAACACUCAUUAAACAUUAAUUUCCUUUGUAUUUUCUUAAUGAAUUAUUAAUGAGUUUGAGAAAUAAAUUUCCUGCUCCGGAAGAAAAAGUAUACGAUGAAACAUAGAAGGGAGGUUCAGUCACUGAGGAAAAAUUGUAGUUAAAGUAUCGUUGACUCAGUUUAAAUUUUCGCUUGCAUCGAAACUAACACCUUACUUAAGGUUUCAAGUAGAGAGAAUAAAAGGCAGCUGCAUUAAACGCAGAUGAAAAUUAUGCUUUAGAGCCAUGUUGCUGCCUUGCAUAUGUCUUAUUAAGUAAGGCAAGAGGAAACUCUGUAUGGUCGGUAGAUGGUUGCCGUACGUACGUUAAUGCCAAAGCCACAAAUGUGAUUUUUUUCUUUUAUCAUUAUUAGUUUUAAUCUAUCGAAUAUAAUCGAAUCUAUAAUUACUCUCUCUCCGUCGAUGAUUAUUUGGUAAACGAGUCAGUUAAAAAUGAAGGUUUCAAAAAUGAUAUGGCGCCCUUUUUUUCUUUUAUAUUAAGGGUCAGUGAACUCAAUGCGAGAGCACAAAAACCAAGCAAAACCAGUAGCUAUGUUUGAGUGCACUAAAUUAAAUGAAAUGAAAUAAAGUAAAGUAACUGCAAGAAAACACUUUUUCAGAACUGAACAAAUGACUCCCUGACAGGCGAGAUUCGUUAGUGGAGACGAAUUAUACAACUGGAACAACCUAAAUCAGUGUUUGACAAGAAUGUGCUUGGGAAAACAUAUGUACUCGUGAUUCAUCCGAAAAAUCAUAAACCCUUAUUAAGAGUCAAAUCUUUAAACUUGCUCAAUACGGCAUCAUCGGGGUCAAGGCGUUUCGAGUAUAAAGGAGCUUUUAAAAACAUUCUUAACUUUUACGUUCAGUGAACAAGGGUCCGCGUUGAAAUGACAAGAUUAUCUAUUUCUUUCUUUUUUUUUUGUUGCAGAUAUUUCCAGAUUUUCCUGCCGGAGAAGUCAAUGUAUCUUUGUCUUUUGACCAAGGUACAAGUCGUUUGCGGGUAAGCAUCGUAAAAGCCAGAAAUCUCUGUUGCAAAGCUCGUGAAGGAAAAAAGCAGGACAAAUGUGGCGUGAGCUGUUCAGGUGAUAUCGGAGUACCUACUCCGGCUUUUACUGUUAUUGCUAAGCCAUUGAUGGAGACUUAAUGUUUUAGAAACCGUUUUUGAAUGUCACUUUGGUAAUACAUGUUCUUUGGCGAUAUUUAUGGCUUGUUUCCUCAAGCAUAUCCCGAAACCACACACAUCUCCACCUCUCUUUCAAGAGCUAGAGCAUGCUAGAGGUUAGGGCCAGGAAACAGUUGCUUAUCCUUUUUCUAUGGGCUGGUAGCAUUAUUUUUGUGCCUGUCAUCGGCGGAUCUGUCCAGGCUCAAAAUAUAUUUUACUCCAUUGAUUUGUCAAUAUUAGGCUGCAAAAUCCAACAAAAAUGCCAACAUUCUCUACCUUUUAAUUCCAUCGUGAUUUUAUCAUGAAAUAGCAAUACUGGUCCAGUGUACUCUCACUGUAGACUACAAACAAAACUAGACAGAACUCCGGCAGGCUCAAUUAUCAGCCGUUAACUAAGAAACUAAAAUUCAAAUAAAAUUGUGAAGCUUAUGCAUUGGGCAAGGACCUUAAAGUUUCUAAUCGGUAGCCUGAAUUUCAUCCGAUUACUUCGAGUCGUUAUUACUCUCUCAGUAACUGAGUUCCUGAGGGAGUAAUAACUACUCGAAGUAAUCGGAUGAAAUUCAGGCUAUCUAAUCGGUGCAUGAUUUUGGUUUUAACUUUCUGCGUAAGAUUUCUGUCAUUAGCUAAAUGUAUGUGCCUCUCACAACUGGAGGUUUUUAUUUUCUUCAUUGUAGAUUUGUAUAUAACCGUGUACCUAAUGAGAGGACAGAGAAUGUUACAAUCAUACCGAACGUCAAAAAAGAAAGGGAGUUCGGAUAUUUUAUUCUACGAAAAUUACUCAUUCGAUCUCUCAUCAUUGGAUCUCAAUGAACUAACUCUUCGACUGACUGCCAUGCAUUGUUGCAAACACGUCAUCAAUACAGAUCACGUGAUAGGACAAGUUGAUACAGAUGACAGGACAAGUGAAACAUCAUUUGGUUGUCAUUGGUUAGAAGUGAUCACGAGUUCAAGAAGGAGCGUCAAUAAAUGGCAUACUUUCUGGUGUUAGAGACUCAAAACUUGGUUGUCCAAAGCACGUCUUUUCAAAUUCUGGAUAUAAAUGCAUAACAGCAAUUGCAACCAAGUGUUCAGAAGUAAACAAAACCCGGGGGUCCAUGUUUUGUAUACGGCUGCAAUCUAGUGUUAUGUGCAAGCUGUCGCAAAUAUUUUUGUCAGUGAAUAAAAAAUAAGGACCUUUUUUCGUUAUUAAACUUUCAAACAUGGCAAAAGCUUGUUCAGUCCGGAAUUAAUUCAUUUGCUUAAACGGAUGUUUGACGUGCUAGAACUUUGUCUAUGGCCACGCUCACACGCCACUUGAGUUUUCGUCCUGCUGAAAAUUGUGCGGCCACUUCGUUCACACUGAACCGUUCAAUAUUUUAGUUCCGUUCACACGAAUUUUCAAAGGCUAGACGUCUAAAUUUUCAGUACGGUUACAGUCAAUAUUCGGUCAGAUUAAAAAAUAUUUUUUGUAUGGAUAAAAAUGUUAUGAAUAAUAGGCUCC